AGAGUAGAGAGGAGGUGCUUGGGGCGACGUGGGGGGGAAAUUGCUGAUCUCUCACUACGCAGGUUUGACUUUUCCCGACACCGACCAACAUUGUCAUUGACAGUAAAAAAUUAAAAUAAAAGGUGGAUGGCAGCAACUGCAUAGCUGUCUACGUUUUAAAUCUAGUGAAUUAUAUUUUACUAGCUAGUAGAUGAAUACAGGUCGGUUGCUGUGAGCAGUCAAACGUUUUAGUACAAAGCCAGCCAACUACUUUUGCAAAGUCAGCACAGCUAACGUUGGCUAGCUUGCGUCAUUUUGGUGAGAGUUUGCUAGCUACCUAACGAGUAAAAUUAGUAUUUAUUUUAGCUAAACACAAUUAUAGUAUUACUCAGAGGUCCGCGCUUACGAAGUCGCUAGUUUUUGGUUCAGCUAACUCGCUAGUUGGUGUAGUGACCGACUUACCGGCAAAAUGUCUUUGACAUUAAUAAUCGAUCCCUAGCGAACUUCAAAGCCAGUUGGGGCUGUAAACAAACAGCGACAAGACGGCAAGAGAAGGGAAGGAGGCGCUUGAAUCGCUCCUUCAGGAUUCAUCCACUGCAUCAUCAAAAAUGGAGUUGGCACUGCAGCAGCACAGAGAGGGAGAGAGGUGAAAGAGGGAGACAUGCAACAGAAACAGGAUUCUCAAGGAGGCAAACCCUCAAGCAUCCUGGGAAAGGCGCAUCCAGCUCUCAAGGCCUUCAUGUGUGGCUCCCUCAGCGGUACCUGCUCCACGCUGCUCUUCCAGCCUCUGGACCUGGUCAAGACGCGCCUGCAGACCCUGCAGAACACCAUGAAGCCUGGAGCUCCUAAGGUGGGGAUGAUGACGGUGCUUAUCCAGGUCAUUCGGACAGAGAGCUUCCUGGGCCUGUGGAAGGGAGUGUCACCGUCUUUUGUGCGCUGUAUCCCAGGCGUAGGGAUCUACUUCUCUACCUUCUACUCACUGAAGCAGCACUACUUCCAGGAGGGCCGGGCCCCUAACGCUGGGGAGGCUGUGCUGCUGGGGGCCGGAGCCAGGGCCGUGGCUGGGGUCUGCAUGCUGCCUGUCACCGUCAUCAAGACACGCUUCGAGAGCGGACGGUACAACUACGUGAGCGUCCUGGGAGCUCUGAAGAGCGUGUGUGAGACGGAGGGACCCAGGGCUCUGUUCUCCGGGCUGACGGCCACACUGCUCCGAGACGCCCCCUUCUCUGGCAUCUACGUCAUGUUCUACAGCCAGGCCAAGAGGUCCCUGCCACCGGAGGUGAGCUCGUCGCCCUAUGCCCCAUUAGGGAACUUUGGCUGUGGGGUGAUGGCCGGAGUACUAGCCUCUGUGGUCACCCAGCCAGCUGACGUGGUCAAGACUCACAUCCAGGUCAGCCCUGCCCACUGGACCACCAAGGACGCCAUUCGCUACAUCUAUACGGAGCAUGGUCUGAGGGGUUUCUUCCGUGGGGCUGUGCCACGCUCUCUGAGGAGGACUCUGAUGGCAGCCAUGGCCUGGACCGUCUACGAACAGCUGAUGGCCCGCAUGGGACUCAAGUCCUGAGGAGAGGAGACAGGGAGGAACUGAUAAAGGAGGAAUAUGGGGACUUGUUUUUAUACAAAGCAGCAGUAUGAAGUAGAAGAAAGAGAGGAGGAUGAGAAGGAGUGAAGGAGGAGGGAGAGAGGAGGUGUAGGGACUGUUUAUCACUGCAACUAGCUUGGGAAAGAAAGAGGUGGGUGUCUGUGGCAUGGAAGAGUGUGUGUGUGUUUUACAUGUUGAUGGUUAUGAGAGUUAUUGUGAAUGUUUGAUGUAUGUCCUUACAUUGUCAAACCUGACCUUAAAUGACAUCCCCUUUUGCUGAGAACUGAACUGAUCCCUCUCUGACUGGGGAGACCAUAGAGAACUAUCUAUUUCUAUGGGGGAGACCAUAGGGAUGUAUUUAAUAUAUUUCUAUGGGGGAGACCCUCUCCGACUGGGGAGACCAUAGAGAACUAUCUAUUUCUAUGGGGGAGACCAUAGGGAUGUAUUUAAUAUAUUUCUAUGGGGGAGACCCUCUCCGACUGGGGAGACCAUAGAGAACUAUCUAUUUCUAUGGGGGAGACCAUAGGGAUGUAUUUAAUAUAUUUCUAUGGGGGAGACCCUCUCCGACUGGGGAGACCAUAGAGAAUGAUCUAUUUCUAUGGGGGAGACCCUCAGACUGGGGAGACUAUAGAGAAUGAUCUAUUUCUAUGGGGGAGACCAUAGGGAUGUAUUUAAUAUAUUUCUAUGGGGGAGACCCUCUCCGACUGGGGAGACCAUAGAGAAUGAUCUAUUUCUAUGGGGGAGACCCUCUCCGACUGGGGAGACCAUAGAGAAUGAUCUAUUUCUAUGGGGGAGACCCUCAGACUGGGGAGACCAUAGAGAAUGAUCUAUUUCUAUGGGGGAGAACCUCAGACUGGGGAGACCAUAGAGAAUUAUCUAAUUAUAUUUCUAUGAGGGAGACUCUGCCUGGGGAGACCAUAGAGAAUGAUCUAAUUAUAUUUCUAUGGGGGAGACCUUCAGACUAUGACCACUGUGGUUUAGCUCUGGAUACCACUCCAGUGACAGAGACUGUCGCCGACUGUCACCCACUACCACUGUCUAUGACUAUGAAUGACUGGGACUAACAUCUAGGUCUCUCUAACACUCCCAAGAUGAAACAGCAGCUUUGAUUGAAUUAGCUCAGCAAGAGGUUAUCCGCUGGCUAAAAGUGUAGUGGACAGGACAAAGCUACCCAGUGCCAUAACCACGCAACAUAUUUACAAAUGACCGGCAGAAUACAUUAUAACAGCACAGUGAUUAUUGUGACCUGUCGACUGACUGAAGGAAGUACUAUAUUUAUUGACUGACUAAAAUAUUUCUUACUAGCUUGGACAAUCAAGACAAUAUUGCUGUGCAUUGUAGCAAAAGACUAGGCUGAUAUUUUCUAUACUGCAACUGCACAAUUAGCUACGAGCAACUUGGCAUUGGCAUACUUAGCCAUAUUAAAAUAGUGUACAGCAGGUGUUCUCUAUACCCAAUUCAACUGGGAUCUCAUUUCUAGUGCAUUCCAUUCUGGUUGCAGUGUUGUAGACCGGAUGUGCUUUAUCUAACCAGUAAUAAUAGUCAAUCCCAGAGUCAUAGAUGGAUAAUUGGCUCUAGUCAAUGCCAUUGGAACCCAGACAAUGCAACUCUGGCCCCCAUUGUGCUGUAGCAUUGUGAGACAAUAGUCAACAUCACGAUCAUGAACAUGCAGCUUCAGCAUCACUGUAUUACAUGGGCCGGAUUCAGUAGUCACAAAAAGAAAGCAAACCGGAGGGACUAGCUUAUCUUGUCCUAUAUGACAUGUAAAAUGUUUUUGUUUUUCAAUGCAAAACAUUUUGCUACGGUGUGCACUAAUGUACACUACCCAGCUAAAUAUAGGAAUCCAUAUCAGUGAUGCACAGCCAUGGUCCUGGAUGGUCUCUUAUUAGUUUUGUAAAUGAAUAGGCCCAUGUAUUCAGCAUUUUGAGUAGUUCAUUUUUGGAAGCCCAUACACGUGUAUAUAUUUUUAACCCACAGUGUCCAAUGUCAUGGGUAUUAUUUUUUUAACAUGUCAGUUUUAAAGAGAUGUGUUAUAUUUAAAAGUAUUGUUAGAGAUUCCAAAUAUACACUAAGUGAGCGCUACUCAGUAUUAGGAGGGUGUUCUUAAUGUUUGGAAUACUCAGUCUAUAGAGCCUGAGGCUUUGAGGACCAGAGAUGGCUGAGAGAAACUGAUUUAAAUCCAGUACCAUCACUAACUACAAUCACUGUUUGCCAACUGUUUUUGCGUUUUACACAGACAAAACAGCUUCAAUAUACACUGUGGCCAGUUUAUUAGGUACAUCCAUCUAGUACCGGGUCGAACCCCCUUUGCUUCCAGAACAACCUGAAUUCUUUGAGGCGUGGAAACGUUGCUCAAUUGCUAUCAAGGGACCUAACGUGCGCCAGGAAAACUUUACCCACACCGUGACACCACCGCCACCAGCAUGGAUGGUGCAAUGGACUCCUGCUGUUUAUGCCAAAUCCUGACUCUGCCAUCAGUAUGAAUUAACAGGAACCUGGAUUCGUCAGACCAGGCAAUGUUUUUCCACUCCUCAGUCCAGUGUUGGAGAUCACGUGUCCACUGGAAGCGCUUGUUGAUAACUUAUAGGGCCGGACCCCGGUGUGGUUGUCUGUUGCAAUAGGCCAUCCUAGACUAGGAUAGAUGAGUUGCGCAUCUCGAAAUGCCGUUCCCCCCCAUUAUUUGCCUGUUUGUGUCCCUCCUGUUAGCUUGCACAAUUCUUGCCAUUCUCCUUCGACCUCUCAUUAACAAGCUGUUUUCACCCACAGGACAGCCGCUUACUGGAUGUUUUUUGUUUGUCGCACCAUUCUCCGUAAACCCUAGACACUGUCGUGAGUGAAAAGUCCAGGAGGCCGACCGUUUCCGAGAUACUGGAACCAGCGCGCCUGUCAGCAACGAUCAUACCACACUCAAAGUUGCGUAGGUUACUCAUUUUUCUCAUUCUAACGUUCAAUCGACUGGUAACUAAAUGCCUUGAUGCUGCUUUUUAUAGCAAGCCACGGCCACGUGACUGUAGGAGCGAACCAUUUUUGUGAACGGACCUAAUAAACUGGCCGCUGAGUAGUUUGAGUCAUUGAGAGGGGAAACACUGAGUUAACCCUAGCUCAAUGCCAGUCAGUGACUGCACUUUAGAAUUCAACGCAUAUUUAUUCAUUCAUUCAAGCCCCUUAGCAGUGGCUGGUAAAAGGACUGGGGUGAUUGACGUUUCUUGAGAAUUGGUAGCUCUUCAGCCCUUGUCUGUGUUUGUGUUGUCGUUACACCAAGUUGAUUUGUGCCAUAACAUUUUUACCUUGGCGAUUAUCAUCACUAUCACUAUUGUCCUUGAUAUUGUGACUUUACACUGUAUAUUGUCUGUUAUUAUUGUCAAUAUUUUGUCUGUGUGUGUGUGAGUUUGCUCAGAUCGAUGCUGUGCCUGUUUUGUUUUUAAGUGAAUAAAAUUCCCCCCAUUUUUGUACAAUU